CGUGCACACAUCGACUCUGCAGGUCAUUGUGAGGACGAUGUAUGCCCACGUCUGCAUUUAUACGAGGUCGCUGACGCAGCAGCUAAUUUGCAGUCUUUCCACACAGUAGCCAUGCGCCUCGUUAAUCCGAGCGACUGGCGCGUCGAGAACUUGCGACCGAAAGGCACCCAGGCUCCAUCGAUAAACGCAGAUGUUGGUGAACCGAUUCUCACGCUGGUCAAUGCCAGUGGCAACCGACUGCAUGUCCAUCCCAUCUCGGACCGCCUUGUACGCGUCGUGCACAAGCUGGCUCCCGAAGCGCUGCAAGUCAAGCUGGAUGAUCGGCAUCGGCAUCCCACUGGAAGAGAUGGCGUCGCGUGGGAGACGGUAGAGGGAAGUUGUGGUUGCGAAUGGACAGCAGAGCACGUUCCGGACGCAAAGAUCGUCAACCUUCUCUCGCCAGAAGGUAUCCAGAUCACCGUGAAUUUCGCCAAUGUGGUUCGCUUGACCUGGGCUUGGCCCUCCUCCGUCUCACCCUUCCUAUGCGACUUCAAGACAGCCUACAUGUAUGACCAGCGAUCAGGGCGAGUGUUUCAUUACGUCGAGCGCGAGGGGUACAAGCCGCUUUCGGAACAUCAUCGCAGCGCCAACGACAACCACCUCCAGCCGCACGAUGAUACGACCGAGUUCCUCUACGGGCUUGGCGAGACAAAAGGCCCUAUGCUCAAGACGGGCAAGCGGUACAUCCUCGAUGCACGCGAUUCGCUCGCGUACGAUGUCGAGGAGACGGAUCCUCUGUACAAGCUUUGCCCUUUCUAUUUGCUGUACAACUCCUCCACCAACUUCUGGCUCGGCAUGUACUACAACUCGCUCGCCCCUUCCGUCGCAGACUUUGGCGCUGAGCACGAUUUUAGUACCGGCGACUCGCGCAGUUUUAGCAUCGAGCAAGGCGCGCUAGACUACUACGUCCUGCUAGGUGCCAGUAGCUUCGAUUCUCAAAGUGAUGUUCAAGCAAGAGCGUCACCGGCUCCGAAGCCGCGCCUUCGAGACAUUGUCUCUCAACUAGCAGCACUUGUGACGCCGCACGUUACGGCCUCCCAUCAGUUCGCAAGCGACGCACCCCGCCUUCCGCGGAAUGUGACGCCGAAUUGGCAAGCAUCGCCAACGCUCCCGCGCCUUGCCUCCUUCGGCUACCUUGCAAGCUCCAUGACCCUUGCAGAGCUGGACAACGCGCAGGAAGCCGUGGGGGAUUAUGUGAUCGAGACGCGUCAGUAUGGCUUCCCAGUCGACGGGAUGCAUCUCAGCUCUGGAUACUGCCUCGACGAACAGAGCGGAGAGAGGAUGUACUUUCUUUGGAACAAGACAAAGUAUCCCGACCCGCCUGGACUGGGCAACAAGCUGGAAAAACAGCUACAAUGUCACCUCAUUAUCAACGUAAAGCCAUGGUUGCUUGAAGGUCACAAAUGGUACAAGGAGGCGGCACUCGCUGGUGCGUUCGUCAAAGCUGCCAAGGACGCGCUUGUCGCCGGCGGAAAAGGCACCAGUUCAGUUACGCUGAACGAUUCGUCCAGAACGUACCAUUGGAGUGCAUCAAUGGGACAGACAGCCGCGGGCUCGCACGUCGAUUUUUCGUCCAAAGCUGGUUCGGACUUCUGGCAGAAGGCGAUCAGACAUGGUGUCGCUGCCAAUGGCAUCACCGGCCUCUGGAUCGACAACAAUGAGUUCUCGACAUUGAUCGACGAUGCGCAACGCAUCGCUGGAGAAGUCAACGGGUGGGCAGCUCCAGAGCAAGCUGCCAGCAGUGUUAUCGUGCCUACGCCGAAGUCGGUCAGCGAGAAAUUGGCUCAGCAGGUGGAGGAUCGGAUGGGCUGGCGAGGCGGCGAGAUCGAAGUUGGCGCAGUCGGGCGCGCGACGCUGACAAUGGGCAUGGCUAAAGCCUCUUGGGAGCAGAUGGCUCGCACCGACCCGUCCACACGUCCAAUCGUCGUCACGCGCUCCGCAGUGCCAGGCAUCCAGGCAUAUGCGCACGGCACUUGGAGUGGCGACAACAGCACGACAUGGAAAUGCCUCAAGUACAAUACAAAGAUGACGCUCAGCGUUGGCCUCAGCUUCGGCGCAGGGCUGUACGGGCACGACAUCGGCGGCUUUGCGGGCGCUCACAGCCCCAGUCCUGAGCUGCUCGUGCGGUGGUGCCAGCAGUCGGUCUGGCAUUCACGCUUCACGCUUCACUCUUGGAAGGCAAUCUCGACGACAUUCUACAUGUACGCUGACCAGAAGGAUGUGAUGGACGCGCUGCUCGACGCGCUGCGACUGCGGUACCAGCUCGUGCCGAUGCUCUACUCUCUCUACAUCGCAGAGUACCAGCGGAAAGGGUGGCCAGUUCUCCGACCGUUGUUGUGGAAACAUUCUAAUGUCCGUGCAUGCCUUGGCCAAGACGAGCAGUUCCUUCUGGGCGACACAAUCCUGGCUGCUCCAGCGCUCGACUUUGGCGCUCGUGAAGUGGUGUUCAACUUGCCUUUUCUGGUUGACGGCGCGGAUGGUGACGCGCCCCUGACCGAGUGCUGGUGGUAUGAUCUGCACGGCCAACAAUGGAUCAAGCCAGAAAAGCGAGGUCAAGCUGCUCGACUCAUAACGCUUCCGGCGCCUUUGAGCUACUGUCCGACCCUCAUCCGUGAAAACGGUCUUCUCAUACUUGCAGGAAGAGCACGUGCGACUGUGUUCGAUCAGGACGCGCGCCUCAAGCGCACCAUUCAGCUCUUCCCGGCUGCUGCUGACCGUAAACGCACAGUAGAAGCGAUAACAUUCACGUUGAUCGAGGACGACGGAAUCACCAACGAGGCAAUGGCCGGUGCUUUCACCGAAUUUGCUCUGACAUGCUGCGUGCAGUCGGGGAGAGAAGCGAGCGAAGUACUGUUCAGAAUCGAUGCGCGUAACAAAGGCUACCCUGGUUCGUGGCAAUGGACUCUCGAGCUGCCGGCUGGUGAUGCUCGCAAGAUUAUCGUCGAAGACAACUCCGGCACAGUCAAGGUUGACGGCGUGCAGAAGGGCAAUACCAUCGCCCUCACUGUAACAGUACCGUGAAGUUCCUUUCACAUGUGUAUAUUAUGGGAUGAAAUUUCGGCGGCCUCCAUGGAGAAUACAUCAAAAGCAACUUUCAGAGAGCCAGAUCUUUCACCUCUUUCACAUUGACGAUGGUGUUGAUCGUGUUUACGCCAGCGAGCACCUUCAACGCCUGAAAGCUACCGCCGUCUGUAAUCUCGGGACCUUUCUCGAAAUCAACAUAGGGAUCCAUCGCCCACGCUGCCCAGCCGGUCUCGUCUCAGGUGACGCGCUCUCAUUCGUCAGGAGGUCAGGGGUCAGACCGUCCACCCGCAGGUUCCAGGAGGCAAAUCAAAAGUGUAAGGUGUCGAGGCGUCAACC